AAAAUGACGACUCAAUCAGUGCUUCGGUUGUUGCUUUGCGGCGUUUUCCGCGGGGAAACUGUGUGAAGGGUGGGGAAACUUGAAAGUUGGAUGCUGCAGACCCGGCAUGGGUAGCAAGAAACUAAAACGAGUGGGUUUAUCACAAGAGCUGUGUGACCGUCUGAGUAGACAUCAGAUCCUUACCUGUCAGGACUUUUUAUGUCUUUCCCCACUGGAGCUUAUGAAGGUGACUGGUCUGAGUUAUCGAGGUGUCCAUGAACUUCUAUGUAUGGUCAGCAGGGCCUGUGCCCCAAAGAUGCAAACGGCUUAUGGGAUAAAAGCACAAAGGUCUGCUGAUUUCUCACCAGCAUUCUUAUCUACUACCCUUUCUGCUUUGGACGAAGCCCUGCAUGGUGGUGUGGCUUGUGGAUCCCUCACAGAGAUUACAGGUCCACCAGGUUGUGGAAAAACUCAGUUUUGUAUAAUGAUGAGCAUUUUGGCUACAUUACCCACCAACAUGGGAGGAUUAGAAGGAGCUGUGGUGUACAUUGACACAGAGUCUGCAUUUAGUGCUGAAAGACUGGUUGAAAUAGCAGAAUCCCGUUUUCCCAGAUAUUUUAACACUGAAGAAAAGUUACUUUUGACAAGUAGUAAAGUUCAUCUUUAUCGGGAACUCACCUGUGAUGAAGUUCUACAAAGGAUUGAAUCUUUGGAAGAAGAAAUUAUCUCAAAAGGAAUUAAACUUGUGAUUCUUGACUCUGUUGCUUCUGUGGUCAGAAAGGAGUUUGAUGCACAACUUCAAGGCAAUCUCAAAGAAAGAAACAAGUUCUUGGCAAGAGAGGCAUCCUCCUUGAAGUAUUUGGCUGAGGAGUUUUCAAUCCCAGUUAUCUUGACGAAUCAGAUUACAACCCAUCUGAGUGGAGCCCUGGCUUCUCAGGCAGACCUGGUGUCUCCAGCUGAUGAUUUGUCCCUGUCUGAAGGCACUUCUGGAUCCAGCUGUGUGAUAGCCGCACUAGGAAAUACCUGGAGUCACAGUGUGAAUACCCGGCUGAUCCUCCAGUACCUUGAUUCAGAGAGAAGACAGAUUCUUAUUGCCAAGUCCCCUCUGGCUCCCUUCACCUCAUUUGUCUACACCAUCAAGGAGGAAGGCCUGGUUCUUCAAGACAAGGACAUUGAGACAGAGGUCAAGCCACCUUCCCAAGGGCACACAUGGCAUCUGCACUGCUCCUGACCGACCGACAGAGAGAGCUGCUGUCAUGAUCCUCAAAUGAGCUACGCAUGUCAAAAGUUUAAAAAUAAAAAAGAUAAAAACAUGCACAAAAUUUAAAAAGUAAACCAUUUCAGGCUGGACAGACUAAAACUGAGAGAUGGCCAGAGAAGAGUAUGAAAGAUAAAUCUACGGACAGAGUAAACCCUGACUGGCUUAAAAUUAGGGCCCUUACUCCUCCACACUCCUGACGGGUUGGUUCAAGACCAAGAAAUAGAAGCACAUUGUGAGUUCUGCGCUGCUGCCCUGGGACACACACAGGCUAAACACACCCACAGGCUCGAGCUGGCUUUGAAGUUGUGCCUAACAGAUCCGAGAUGCAUGAUGAAGGAAUGUUCUGGAUGCGUUCUUCUGAGAUUUUAGAACUGAGUUAACUCACGUUCUCCUACAAACUGUCCCUUGUAGUCGCUGUUCAGAAGGAUUCCAGGCUGCCUGUGUCAAUGAUUUGACCCCACAGGAUGGUUCUUUUUUAGGUCUGACAGGGAGCAGAAAUGAGUUUUUUGACUCAAGAAGAUGGACGUAUCUGUAGUUCUUUAAAAACCAUUUAUGUGAUUUCCAGUGUUUUCUCUGAGGCAGGUCUCCAGCGAUUUCUCUCCAGCAUGUGGCAGAGACCACCAGCUGCUUAGCAGGCCCUCAACUGGGCCAAGAAUGUUCAUGAUAGGGGUUUCCACCCUUUCCAUCUGUGGCCUGUGAUAGGCAGAGUAAUGGCCUCCCAAAGACGUCCAAGUCCUGAUCCUUUGAACCUGUGCAUAUGUUACAUGGUGAGGGAGAAUUAAGGAAGCAAAAAAGGUGCUAAUCAGUUGGCUUUGGGAUAGAAAGCUUGUCCUUGGCCAAGCGUAAUCACAAGGGUCCCAAUAUGUGGAAGAGAGAGGCAGAAAACUCAAUGUCAGUAAAGCGAUGUAAGAAAGACUCAAUGGGCCAUUAUCAGCUUUGGAGAUGGAAGGGGCCAUAAGCCGAGGACUGAGGGCCACCUCUAGAAGCUGGAAAAGGCAAGCAAAUGGAUGUUCCUCUAGAGCCUCUAGAAAAGAACAUCGCCUUCCAGAUGUCUUAAUUUUAGCCCAGUGAGACCCGUGUCAGACUUUUGGCCUCCAGAAUUAUAAGAUAAAUUUUCCUUGCUUUAAGCCAUUCCAUUAGUGGUAACUUUUACAACAGCAAUAAGAAAGUAAUUCAAAGUUAUCCGGGUUUUCAACCCCCAGGUCAUAGGACCUGGAGGACAUUGUCCCAUGAGCUGGGAAGUGAAAAAUCAUGGUGGUCACCUUAGCAUCCUUCCCACUGACCAUCUGGGAAUUCUCAUGGUUCUCCUGGCUAAGCCCCACCUGCAUAUGAGCACUUCAGCCAUCAGAGUUUCCCUGCAAUGGGGUCUCUUCUUGACGAGUGAUGUUCCAUUUCUUAGCAGUGUUGCCAGGGCCUCUCCUUAGUGUGGUCCAGACAUCCUAGAGCGUUACAACAAGCUGCUUUUCACACCCACACUCGCCCCAAAUGCCGAACACUUCCAGCCAGCACAGGGUCUGGGGGAUUUUUCUCCCCUUCCAGAUAGCCAGCCACAACUUCUAUGAGCUCCGGCAUAUGGAAUUAGCAUGAUAGAACCAUGACAUGCCAAGUGCCGGGAGCCAACCUGAGCCAUUCUUGGGUUUGAGAAGUUAUCAACUGGGAAAUACUUGUGAUUUACAAUUUUCUUCCAUCCUCCACCAUUCCAUCACAUGAACAUCCAAGUCAAACUCCUGAGCUGGGUUAAGAAAUUGGAAUUCCUGGGGCUCUGGUUCAGGUUAUUACUACCUCUGUGACAUUGGGAAAGUUGGUUACCAUCAUAGCGCCUCAGUUUUCUUAUCUGUAAAAUGGGGAAAAUACAUGAGUUAAUAUAUGUCAAGUGCUUAGUGAACUGUCUGAGUCAUGUUCAGUGCUAUAAAAAUGUUCAUUGUUGUUGUUGCUGUUGUUUCUAUCGUUGUUAUUAUUAAAUGGGUCCCAAAUCUUGAGGCAAGUCAUUUGGAAAACCAGCUUGUUCGUGGUUUGCCACAUAUAGUCAUGUGCCACAUAGCAAUGUUUUGGUCAACAACUGACCACAUAUAGGACUAUAUAGCCUAGGUGUGUAGUAGACUAUACCAUCUAGGUUGUGUAAGUAUACUGGACGAUGUUUCCACAGCAACAAACCCACCUAAUGAUAUAUUUCUCAGAACGUGUCGUUAAGCGACAUGUGACCGUAUUAUACUUCCAGCAAUUGAGAUGAAUUACCGUUGCACACAGUGCUGAAGCUCAGGUGUGGACACCCUCUUUUAAAAUAUUUUUCCCAUGAACAUGUCCUCCAGGAAGCAGGCUCCAGUGUGUCACAGCCAGAUGAGUGAUUGUUAGGGAAGACAAAGCCUGUGUUUAGAGUUAUGCAAGUGUAGUGGGGAGAGGGCAUCUUAUUGCUGACUCACGCCCACUGGCAACCCAGCCUGAUUCAUCUAGACUGCUGCAGACCACUCUGCAUGGAAGACCUCUGCUCAGAGGAUCUCAGCCCACUGCAUGGCCCACCAAGAGCCUCUGACAUUCAGGCCGCUUGGUUCUUCUGGAUUCAGUUCUUAGGUCCCCGAAAGUGGUAAAGGAGAGAGGAGAAAACUAGUUCAUUUUCAGCCAGGAGUGGCCCCUGGCACACGGGACACUGCUUGCUUUGGACAGAGGCCACUCACAACAGGCUUCCGCUUCUGGGUGUGGCGGCCAGCCUGCCCUGACAACAGUGCGGCCUGAAUCUGUGACUCUUAGCGGCUGCUUGGGACUGCUGCAAGACUCUUUGGUCUGUGACUUGCCCAAGAGAGAAGUUUCUGGGCAGAACGGGGAGCUCAGGAAAGAAGAAAGUUACAUCCGCACUAAGUUUCAAUUAUAAAGCCCAAUAAUAACGAUGACCAAAACAAAACGAAAAAGCCUACAUGCUCUUUGGUAUUGUUGGGACUGAAAACAAUGGAACUGAGUUUCUUGACUUUUUCUUAACCUUAUCCCCAUGAAAGAGGUUUGAAUUACAGUAUUUUAUCAAAGUAAAAGCCAUCUGAACAGCUGCCUAAACUAACCUGGGAGCCUAGACAGUUUAGCUUCUUGACCUCUGGAAUGUGGGGGAAGGGGACAAAAGGAAAGAGAGAGUAGGGGAGGAGCAAGCUCCUUCUGUUUUCUGGGCUGGCCAUUUGAGGCCCAUGAACCAACUGAGCUGAUGUCAGACUCUGGCACUCCCACUUCCAGGAGUCACAACAAAGUGGCAAGGGAUCAGGGGCACCCCUGGGUCUCAGAGAAGUAGCACAUUGUAGGAGAAAGAGAAUAUGCUGUGCAGACACACCCAGAUUUGUGUUUUGCUGCUCCUUUCACUCCAUGUGAUUUAGACAAAUUACAUAACCUCUCUGCAAAUAGGAAAACUUCCUUGUGCCUGUUGGUCUUGGAAGGACUGGGACUACAUAAUGCACCAAUAGAAUGUCUGGAGCACAUCAGAUGUACAAUAUAUGAGCAGUAGCUAUUUUUAUUAUUAAACACAACAACCACUUGGGCCAAAGGCCACCUAAUUUGUAGAAUCAUUGAGCCAGAAAGAACUGCAACAAGUCAGCUCAUAAAGUAUGCAUAGAAAGAAGCCUGGAAGGAAGUUUACUAAAUAUUAACAAUGAUUAUUUCUGAGCAGUGGAAUUGUAAGGAUAUUUGUGUUUUCUUCUUUAUACUCUUUCGAAUUUUCCAAAUUUUCUUUAGUAAAUGUGUAUUUUUUAAUACUGAAAAACAUUAAAACAUUAUUUUUUUAAAAA